GAAACUCCCCAGAAGCACCCCAGGUUUUCAGUUAUGGAGGAGGGCUAAAAGCAGGGAAACAGCUGGAGAUGACCUCCCCCCAAGAGUCUGGAACUACUCUAAUGGAAAACUCAAUGCUUCCAGUCCCCAAGGAAUGGGGACGGGGCAGGAGAGGUGAGAGAAACUCCUCUAAUUCAUUCCAGGCUUUCACACAACGUUGGAAGCUGCCCUCCAAAAGGAAGGCUGGGGAGGAAGAACAGGGUUGAGAGAGAUCACGUGUGCUGCGGAAAGCAAGGUGUGGGACUGGAAAGUAAAGAAAAUUCCCUAACAGAUGGGAAAAUCUGGCAGUCAUGCUUAAAGCAGAGAAAACUAUGAGUGGAGGAUCUCAAGUCCACAUUUUUUGGGGUGCCCCAGGUGGUCCACUGAACAUGACAAUGUCACAGGAGCGAACUUCUUUAAUAUCCGAUGAUGACCCCUGGAAAAAAAUUAAACUUUUAUACAAUCACCGUUCUUUACAUCCAGGGGAUGAAAAAGGCAUGCACGAAACUCUUGAAGACUAUCAAAUCCUAGAAGCUGUUGGCCCUCCAGAUCUCCCUCGUGGUCAUUUUUUAACAAAGGCGAUGAAUGAACCUGUUCAUGUGAAAGAAGACUUUACACAUUGUAUUUCUGAAACGGAGACUGGAAAAUCCCAGAAGAGUCACCUCUUAGGGGUGAGUGAUAUAACUAGUUCUGAUGUGCAAAUACGUGAACUUAAGGGCAGAGUUCAGCAUUUAACUGAAGGAGAAAAGUAUCCAAAGCUUUUCGGUGACAACAAGAAAAUCACAGAUGAACAGCACGAAGAUCAGUCAAAUACAUGUGGUCAAAACUUUCAAAAAAAUGUCUUUCAGUUAGAUCAUAAGCAUGCCGCUGCACUGGAUUUGGUCUGUGGUACAGAACACAUUCAUACAGGGCCGGGAGCUGUUGAAACAGAAUGUGUGCCAACCGGACAUUAUGAGGGACAAAACCAGUGUCUAGGGUUCUUUUCCUUGAAGACGGAAGAUAAGCCAAGGUCUGAACCUGUUAGAAGGGUCUCAGACCUUAAAAUAUCUACUGAUACUGAAUUUCUUAGUAUAAUGACUGCCAGCCAGGUUGUUCUUUUAUCUCAGAGGAGGUAUAAAGGACAAAAUUCUAGAAAUAAAGGGCCCACAAGUGUGGAGAUUGAACCAAAGGCAAGUCAUGGGGAAAUAAGGAUAACUGAAGAUAAUUUGAUUCAGCCUAAUAAUGAUUUUGCAGGAGAUGAAAGUGGACAAAACCAAGCACAUUCCCUUGAACUCUUCAGUCCUAUUUGUCCUGAAACAAAAAGUGGUGACACUCACGUGAAGCCUGGUAAAGGUCUUGAAGAAAAUAUAAGAUCUCAGGAACUUUUCAAUUUUGAAGACAAAGUGCCCCCCAGUGAUGUAUGUAUUGAGUCCUAUUGCUCAGGAAUCCUGUGUUCCCAACUAAAUACCUUCCACAAAAGUUCUACUAAAAGAGGUUGGACCUCUGAAGAUAAAUUGGGCCAUUCCAAAGCUCUGUCUAAAGCCUUCCAACCAUCCAAGAAAAUUAAGUUGGUUUCUGAUGCAAGAGAUCCUACUGCAGCAGUGGGCCAGAGGCAUGUGUCUAGUUUUAAGGGGAUUAAAAAGACAUCAUUAAUAAAAAAUUGUGAUUCUAAAGGUCGGAAGUAUAAUUGUUUAGUCAUGGUAUUAUCUCCAUGUCAUGUGAAAGAAAUAAAUAUAAAAUCUGGGCCAAAUUCUGGCUCUCAAGUGCCUUUAGCAACGAUUGUGGUAACUGACCAAUCAGAAAUUAAGAAGAAGGUCGUUCUGUGGAGGACUGCAGCAUUUUGGGCACUUACAGUGUUUCUUGGAGAUAUAAUUUUGCUCACAGAUGUUACUGUUCAUGAAGAUCAUUGGGUUGGUGAGACAGUACUACAAUCAACUUUUACCAGUCAGUUAUUAAAUCUUGGGAGUUACCCGUCUGUCCAGUCUGAAGAAUAUUCCAAGAUAGUCAGUGAUGCUGUACUUCAAGACUUACUGGCAUACGUGUCUUCAAAACAUUCCUAUCUCCGAGAUCUUCCUCAGAGGCAGCCUCAGAGAGUGAGCAGUAUAGAAUUUGUAGAAUUGGAGGAGCUGCAGCCGGACAUGUUAGUCCAUGCGGUGCUGAGGGUUGUUGAUAUCACUAUACUGACAGAGGCAUUAUACAGUUAUAGAGGAAAGAAGCAAAGGAAAGUUAUGUUAACAGUGGAACAGGUCCAAGGUCAACAUUAUGUGCUUGUAUUAUGGGGUCCUGGAGCAGCCUGGUACCCUCAACUUCAAAGGAAAAAAGAUUAUAUUUGGGAAUUUAAAUAUCUUUUUGUUCAGCGCAAUUACAACCUAGAAAGCUUAGAAUUGCAUACAACAUCUUGGUCAUCCUGUGAGUGCCUGUUUGAUGAUGAUAUAAGGGCGGUUAAAUUUAAAGCAAAAUUCCAAAAAAGCAUGCCCUCCUUUGUGAAGAUGUCAGAUUUGGCAACACACUUAGAGGAUAAGUGUUCAGGAGUGAUUCUAAUCAAAGCCCAGAUUUUAGAGCUAGUAAUACCUGUUACAGCAGCUCAGAAGAUAACUCUGAAUGCCCACAGCUCCCUGAGGAGCAUCUUCUCUUCCCUUCCUGACAUUGCAUAUACUGGCUGUGCAAAGUGCGGAUCAGAACUGGAAACUGAUGGGAAUAAGAUCUAUAAACAGUGCUACAGCUGCUUGCCCUUUACGAUGAAGAAGCUGUACUACAGGCCAGCUUUAAUGACCAUCACUGAUGGAGUACAUAAGGUGUGCGUCCAUGUAGGAUCAGAGCUGAUUGAGAAGAUGCUACUCAACAUUUCUCCUGACUGGCUCAGCAGAGUUGUCGCCCCUUCGUCAGAGGUCACCUACGGCAUGGUCGCCGCAGACCUGUUCCACGCGCUGCUGGCAGGCAGAGGGGCGCCUUGUGCGGUGAAGCUGCAGAGCCUCUUUGUGCUGGAUGAAAACAGCUUCCCCUUGCAGCAAGAGUUCUCCCUCCUGGAUGUCUAUCCGGACGGCACAAAGCCCGAGCCCAGUGCCCUUCUCUGAGGCCACGUGAGGAAAUCGCAGGUACUUCAAGGAGGACCGCUGGAAUGAUUUGUGUCUUGAAAUGAAUGUCUGGCAGGGCUUUUCCUUGGGUUU